AAUAAAUUUCUUUAUAAAAAAAAACAACAAAAAACAAUUUUUUUAAAAGUUUUGUUAAACCAAAAAACAAAAUUGCUGGAAAUUUUAUUAAAUUUUAAAACCAAGAAAAACUAAAAUAUUAAAUGCUACUUAUGGCGCCACGUCGCAAUCAUAAUACUACAACAAUUGUCAAUCAAACCCAGACUAACCAGCAACUACAAUCACAACAACAACAGCAGCAGCAGCAACAAUUGCAAAAUAAUACUUUAGCAACAUUUGUUAACAACUCAACUGAUAUUAAUCAUCAGUUUUACUCCCUAACGGAUCCAGAAACAAAUAGUUUCACUAAUAGCAACAAUUUGCUACUUAACAGCAAUAGUUCGGUCAGUAGCAGCUUCACUAUGUCGCCCAUGCAAACGACUGUCAAUAGCAAUAGUAACAAUAACAACAAUAAUACAUUGACUCCGAAUCAUAAUAAGACAACGGUAGGAGAUCAAUAUGUACGUUGUUGUUAUCCCAAUGGUGAUUGUUUCAAAACGGACUUGAUUAAUUUGGAUGAUUUAUCGGAAUGCAUUAAGGUGAUUUGUAAUAAUGAGAACUGUAAUGUGGGUCAAUAUAUGCAUCGAGAAUGUUUCGAGUCUUGGGAACAAACCAUACUCCAAACUCUUAAGACAAUGGGAGGACGGGCACGCUCUUGGUCGGAUCGUCAAAAGGCACAGAAUUUAUGGACUAAGAAGGGCUAUGAUUUGGUUUAUAAAGUAUGCGGUUGUAAAUGCAGCAGAGGACAUUUACGCAAAGAUUUGGAAUGGGUGGCCCCGAAAGCGGGACAAUUUGUAAAUGGUCAAAGAAUCAUGAAUGGUAGUGCCAAUGCUAAUACCAACAAUCAGGAAGAUGAGGACAAAAAGAAAAAGAAAAACAAACGCAAUCGUCAACAGCAGCAGCAACAACAACAGCAGCAGCAGAAUACUAAAGCUCAUACUCCUUUGCAGGCAACAAAUGGUCAUGCAAAUGGUCAAAAUGUUCAGCAAAUGAAUGGCUCUAGCAAUUCCACACCAGAACCUUUGCAAAUUAGCAAAACUCUUGAAACUUCCAACAACAACAACAGCAACACUAACAAUCAUAAUAAUGUGGGUGUUAUAGGCUCGGGUUUACAUCAAAAUGGUACUUCCCAGCAAAUCUCACAGAAUCUUAAUCAAAACUCUACUGUAGCAGAACUACCACCCAAUGUGGUAACUUCUCUCAACAAUCUACUUAAUGGACAAAACAACAUCUUGGGUUUGGAUUUACGCCCACGCACCAAUAGCAUUUCUUCGGGUUCCAAUCAUAGUGGCUCUACUUCUCCCUCAGCCAUUUCAUUCUCUUCUGGAGAUUUAUCUACUGCUCAAACUCCUUUAAAUACUUUACAAAGUCUCAAUCUAAAUGGUUACUAUCAUGCUAAUCAAAAUGGUUUAACUGGACUUCAGCAACAACAACAACAACAGCAACAGCAGCCGCAACAACAAUUGCCUGCUCUCCAAUUACACGCAAAUCUUUUGCAACAAUCUUCGGUUAAUGCUGUUUCUUUGACUAAAAACAUUUUAAAUGGUCUACAAUCGUCUGGUUUGUUGUGCAAUACUAGUAACAACAACAGCAACAAUAACAUUAGUACUAAUACUACUACAGCAACAACAACUAAUGGCAAUAAUCUAAAUAGUAAUGCAAUAAUUACAAAUGCUUCAGCAGCUUUAUUAAUUAAGCAACAACAACAACAACAGCAGCAGCAACAGCAACAACUACAACAGCAGCAGCAAUGUGUUAAUAUUUUAUCAAACGGUAAUGGUAUUGUUGCCUUAAAACAACAUUCAUUAACUGCAUUCGAACAACAACAAUUAUUGUUACAGCAAAAAGUUAAAGAAGUUGAAAUCUAUUCGGAGAGAGUACGUUCUACAUCUGGCUGCAAUGGCAUCUUUUCACGUCGUUUGGAUUUUUCAUCAUUCAAUCUUUUGCCCAAGACACGUUUGAAUUCCUAUCAAGUUAAGAUCGAAGAUGAGGGUAAUCAUGGCAAUGAUGAGACUAGACUUUUCAUUUUAUCUUCCUUGGCUCAAUCGCAGAAAAGUCGUGUCGCUUGUAUUUUAUGCGAAGAACCCAUGUUGGUUUUUGAUCGUUAUCCUUUGGUGGAUGGCUCAUUCUUUUUGAGUCCCAAACAGCAUUCAACUGAUUGUAUUGAGGUUAAAUAUGAAGGACGUUCUUUAUAUUUGACUUGCGUUUGCAUGCGCUGUUUGGAUGGUACUUCGACUAAUCGUAAUAUUUGCUGCAGAUUCUGUACUGAUAAAUGGGAUGGUUCAAAUCUAGUCUUAGGCACCAUGUAUGCAUACGACAUAUUUGCCGCUAUGCCCUGCUGUGCAGAACGUCUCAAGUGCAAUAAAUGCUUCAAAUUGUUGUUACAUCCACAACAACGUCUUAACUUCUAUAGUGACUACUCGCACUGUGUCACUUGUCCCUAUUGUGCAACUCAGGAUACACACUUUGUCAAACCCUUGACCUACUGCUACACCAAAAGCUUUUCGGGUCGCCUAUCGGCUAUCGCAUAACAUGAGGCCUCGUUGGAGUUGCCCACACAAACAGCAGUUACAACAAAUCAACAACAAACUGCUGGGGUAACUUCAACGAGCCUCUCUGCGGGAUCUAAGACCACUACAACAUCAUCAUCAUCUUCCUCGUCAUCGAGAAAGAAAGUGGUUUUAUACAAUCCCAAUGAGGAUUAUUCAGCACCAUUGCAACAAGAAAUUAAUGCUGAAUUAAUUGGUCCACAUCCUCAAGCACAACAAUAUCAAAAACAACAGCUACAGCAGACAUCAUCAUCAGCAGCAGCAACUGCAACACAGGUAAGACAAUCUGCCAACAACAGAUCAUCAUCAGUUUCUUAUAAUACUUCAGCAUUAACAUCAGCAGCUGUUGCAGGAGUGUCAGGAGUUUUAAAUACUUCAACAACAAUCAAUAAUUUACAAUUAAAAUUAAGUGAACAAUGUAAUAUAAGUAAAUUAGGUAAUAUAAUCACAACAACAACAAGUAAUAAUAAUAAUAAUGCUAAUACAAUUACUAAUAAUAAUAAUUUUACUAUGAAUGAAUUUAAUGCAAUGAAAACAGCCCAUAAUAAUAUUGUAACAACACCACCAAUAACACAACAACAUGUAGGUUUAUUACACAACAACAACAUUGAAACAAACAAUAUUGUUAAUAAUACAAUAAUUAGCAACAAUAAUAACAACAACAACAGCAGUAUUAAUAAUUUAUUAUGUAGCAAUAAUUUAAAUACUAAUGUCUGGUCCAACAAUCAACAACAACAGCAAACGCCAGCCAACAUUUUACAAACCCAAAAUAUGGGUCUUUAUCAAACAGUCACCUCUAAUAAUGGCUGUUUCCAAAUGGACAAUUUAAAUAAUCACUGCACUGAGGCCAUGAUUUCCUCACUUUGGGGCUCUGAAUCUAGCUCAAGUGGUUGUUCUUCGGGUUCGGGUUCUCAACCCUCGUUGAGUCCCACCCUUAUGUCUAAUGUUAAUCAUAAUUAUCGCAGCAAUAGCAAAGAAUCAUUGUGGUCACAACAAACUUCACCAUCUACCAGCAGCUCAGGUUGUAGCAGCCAACUCAGGGAUACUUAUUAUACUGGCUCAAAAAUCACAACCCAAUCACCCACUUCCUGGUCCUCUGCUAAUGCCAAUCAUGGUGGUUCUUCCAUCAAUUCAAACAAUCUUAUCUAUGAGGCAAAUGAUUUGAACUUUACAAAAAUGAAUCAUAUUUGGGAAAUACCCGAAAAUUCUUCAUCAUCAUCAUCGUCUGCCUCAGCUCAAAUACAAGAUUAUUUUCCGGAAAUCUGGAGCAAUCUCAAUGGCAACACAAAUAAUUUAACCGAUAAUAUAUCGGAUAUUAGCUCGAAUACUUCUUCACAACCAGACUCUGAUAUCUGGCGUACUCCUCAGUUGCCUUCAGCAGCUGCUGCAGUAGCCAACAAUGCUGCGGGUAUUGUUAAUAAGGAUAUCAGACCCUUGUUUGGUAAUGCUAAUAGCAACAACAAUCAUCUUGUUAAUGAAAAUAAUACUGGCGGUUUGGGAGCCGCUGCUUGCAUGCAAUUAUUUUCAGAUGAAUUCCUAUUUAUGUAAAUUUACUUUUUGAAAAAUUUACAAUUUUUUUUAGAAAAAUCUUUUAUUUUUUUUUUUGUUUUU